GGUUAUGUACAUAUGUACACAUUAUGUACAUAAUAUGUACGUACGUAUAUAAUGUUACAAAUGUAAAUAUAUUCUCGUUCAGCUGAUGAAAUCAGCAAAUUAUAAAUUCAAUUGUACUUAUUAUUUAUUUUGGAAGGUAUUAAGUUCUUCCAUUCGUAUUUUCUAAAGGUAUUAUAAUAUUUAACUAGAUUUGUAACCGCUUACACGCAAGCAUGGAAUUAAUGGAAUCAAUUUUCGAGAAUGAACUGUUACUUGGAGGCAUAUUCUCCUGGUUGGACCUGGAUACGAUUAAAAUAGUUCGUCUCGUGAACAGCAAGUAUAAAAGAGUCGCAUGGAAAAGAUUUUCAGAAAUUAGUCAUGUUUAUGUCCACCUACACCUCGUAUUGGGGACGGAUUUCGACAAUGCCCGGUUACAAUUGGACCUUAACGACCAGCCCUUUCUUACCCUGGAGUUGGGCGAAGAUAUCAAUACCGCCUUGAACGAUCAGCUCACACCUUUCAAAAAUUUUAAAUUGGAGUUCACAAUUAUUCAGAGAACAUUAAUCAGUGACAGAAGGAUAGAAGUGGUUUACUUUCGUUUGAACCAACUCAUUCGCCACCUGUGGCGUCCGAACGGCUCACUAAUUCAUUCCCUCUCGGUGCUCCUGUCGUCAGAGGUUGGCAAUGUUUCGAGGGAUUUAUUAGUCUCAAUUAUUCAGGCCUGUAAUUCUUUUUCGCACGUGGAAAUUGAACCCAAAGGAUACGUCCUACUUAAUACUUCCGACCUACCAAGGAUGACUUGUCACACGCUAAGAAUUAAUUAUGCUGCUUUUCGUUUCGGAAAUUUAUCAAACUCCUUCUCAAAUUUUGAGAACAUCAAAAAAAUCAUUUUAGAGGACGCGUCUUCAAUAAAUUUGGAUACAGUUGUCCGAGCAAUUUUUGAUAAUGGGGAGCAAUUCAGAAACCUGGAGGAAAUUGAUGUAAAGAUUAAACUUAAGUUUGAUCAACUCGUAGCUCUUGCAGGAUUGCGUGGAUUAAAAAGAUUGACAAUCCGAAUUGUGGCUGCGAAUAUGUCACAAAAUACGAUCCCAGCUUUGCAAGAAUGCGUCGCAAGACAUUCUCAAACGUUGGAGUUUUUGUACUUACAAUUUAUCAGAUGCAAGGUUACGUCAGGAUUAAGUUUUGAAACGGUGUUCCCAAAAUUAAGGAUGCUUUACUUGGAAACUGCAAAUUUGACAUUUGAAGAGUUUGGAGAUCAAGAUCAAGACAUUUAUUAUGAGGAUGAAGCCUUUAAAGAAGUUGAAAGUCCAAGUGUUGACAUUUUUUAUCUGAAUGGAGCCGUUGAGAAUGGGACCAUGCGUAAACAAUUUGCGGCACUGCAAAAGAUAGAAGUUAUAGAACCACCCGACACGUCUCAUCCAAUCUUGAAAACUAACAAUAUUUCAGAAUUUGGAGUGAAAUAUGGUAUUCAAUUUGUGUACAAUGGGGUGUGGAAAGGACGAAGUUAAUCUACCAUCAAUCAACUUGUCAUUAAUCAUUAGUCAAAUUAUAUGAAUGUUUAAAAAUUGUGACCUAUUUAUUACAAAAUUGACUAUUUAUGAAUUGUUAUAAAAAGGUAUAUUUGCAUUUUGUUGUCAUUUAAAACAAAGCUUGCUUAUUCAAA